UUGUGUUUUAGAGUUAGCCAGAGUAUUACGAAGGAAAAGAUAAAAAUAGUCGAAAAAAAAUCUGGAAUACGUGUAGAUUCUGCACCACUGCGCCGAAGCUCCGGGCGGCAAGAAAACUUUCGGUACUAUUCCAAAUUCAUGGCUUAAUCCCAAGCCCUAAAACAUUCCUUUCCUCCUUCAACCCUUCUCUGUCCAUCUCUACAUAUGUACGUCCGUGCACAGAGUACUAGCAUGUGAGCAGAAACAGUUUGAUCGAGUGAUUAAGCAGCUCAGUUCCAAUGGCGGAGGGACGAUCGGAGAGAGUGAUAUUCUUGCACGGCGACUUGCACCUGACGAUUAUAGAGGCUCAGAACUUGCCUAACAUGGACCGAGUCACCGAACACCUCCGCCGCUGCUUCACUGGUUGCGACAGCUGCUACCGCCUGCCGCCGAAGCACCCCUCCCCCUCCGGCGCUGACACGGACACCGAAUCCGGCGGCGACAAAGACCACCGCGACGACGGACAUGACAAGGAAAUCCACCACCACCGCAGAAUCAUCACCAGCGACCCUUACGUUACAGUAUGCGUGCCGCAAGCAACCCUCGCUCGAACGCGGGUAAUCCCAAACGCGCAAAACCCUAAUUGGAACGAGAAGUUCUAUAUUCCAAUGGCGCAUCCUGCGGCCCAUCUGGAGUUCCAUGUGAAGGAUAAUGAUAUUUUCGGUGCUCAGCUGAUAGGGAAAGUCCUGAUUCAGGCGGAGGAAAUUGCCGCCGGAGGGUCUAUCAGCGGGUGGUAUCCUGUGAUUGGGGCCAACGGUGGGCCACCGAAGCCGGGCUCGGCGCUCCACCUUGAGAUGACAUUCACGCCCUGUGAUAAGAAUCCGCUUUAUCAGCACGGUAUUGCAGCUGAUCCGGAGCACAAGGGAGUGAGGCACACGUAUUUUCCACUAAGAAAAGGAAGUGCAGUGGAGUUGUACCAAGAUGCUCACUUCAAGGAGGAUAGCAAGUUUCCUGAAAUUCAAUUAGAUGGAGGGAAGGUUUAUGAACAUGGAAAAUGUUGGGAAGAUAUGUGCCAUGCUAUAAUAGAGGCUCAUCAUCUGAUAUACAUAGUUGGUUGGUCUGUUUAUCAUAAGGUGAAGUUAAUAAGAGAGCCGACCCGGCCUUUGCCCAGAGGUGGGGAUUUGACUUUGGGUGAAUUGCUAAAGUAUAAGUCCGAAGAAGGUGUUCGGGUUUUGCUAUUGGUUUGGGAUGAUAAGACUUCACAUGAUAAGUUCAUCAUUCAAACGGCAGGAGUAAUGCAAACGCAUGAUGAGGAGCUCAAGAGAUUUUUCAAGAAUUCUUCCGUCAUAUGUGUGUUGUCACCGCGUUAUGCCAGUAGUAAGCAUAGCUACAUCAAACAAAAGGUUGUUGGAAGUGUCUUUACACACCAUCAGAAAAGCGUGCUUGUAGAUACGCAGGCAUCUCGUAAUUAUCGAAAGAUUACUGCUUUUUUGGGUGGUCUUGAUCUCUGUGAUGGGCGCUAUGAUACACCUGAGCAUCGCUUAUUUCAUGAUCUUGAUACUGUAUUUCGUGAUGAUUAUCAUAAUCCUACUUUUCCGCCAGGAACUAGGGCUCCAAGGCAACCAUGGCAUGAUUUACACUGCAGAAUUGAUGGACCUGCUGCAUAUGAUGUUCUAAUAAACUUUGAGCAGCGUUGGAAAAAAGCGACAAAAUGGACUGAGUUGGGACUACGUUUGAAAAAGAAAGCUCAUUGGCAUGAUGAUGCGCUGAUAAAGAUAGACCGCAUUUCAUGGAUACUCAGUCCGCAGUAUUCUAUUUCCAAACAUAUAACACAUAUUCCAGAGGAUGACCCCAGAGUAUGGGUUUCCAAGGAAGAUGAUCCUGAAAACUGGCACGUUCAGAUUUUCCGGUCCAUUGAUUCAGGCUCAGUGAGGGGAUUUCCAAAAAACAUUGAUCUUGCUCAGGCCCAGAACCUUAUCUGUUCGAAGAACAUGGUGAUAGAUAGUAGCAUUCAGACAGCAUACAUUCAGGCCAUCAGAUCAGCUCACCAUUUCAUAUACAUUGAAAAUCAGUAUUUCAUUGGAUCGUCAUAUGCGUGGCCGUCAUACAAAGAAGCAGGAGCUGAUAAUUUAGUACCCAUGGAGUUGGCAUUAAAGAUUGCUAGUAAAAUCAGAGCUAAAGAGAGAUUUGCAGUUUACAUUGUCAUACCAAUGUGGCCUGAGGGCGAUCCAAAUUCUGCUGUGCUGCAAGAAAUUCUAUUUUGGCAGAACCAGACAAUGCAAAUGAUGUAUGGAAUGGUUGCACGGGAGCUGAAAUCCAUGCAACUUGCUGACUCGCAUCUUCAAGACUAUCUAAAUUUUUAUUGCCUUGGAAAAAGAGAAGAAAUGCCUGAGGAGAGGCAACGAGAAGAUGAGGCUUCUGCAAAUGGUUACGUGAUCUUAGAUUCAGAGAAAUUCCAGCGGUUCAUGAUUUAUGUGCAUGCUAAGGGAAUGAUAGUGGAUGAUGAGUAUGUAAUCGUUGGAUCUGCCAACAUCAACCAAAGGUCUUUGGCUGGUACAAAAGACACUGAGAUAGCUAUGGGAGCCUAUCAACCCCAUCACACUUGGGCUGAGAAGCAACGCCACCCUCGGGGCCAGAUAUAUGGUUAUAGAAUGUCACUUUGGGCUGAGCAACUGGGGAUGAUGGACAGUCACUACAAUGAGCCAGAGAGCUUGGAGUGUGUGAGGAAAGUAAAUCAGAUGGCUGAAGAUAACCGGAAGAGAUACAUUGACCAUAAUUUCACCUUACUGCAAGGCCAUCUUAUCAAGUAUCCCAUACAGGUAGAUGACGACGGGAAGGUGGGUCCAUUGCCUGGAUUCGAGACUUUUCCCGAUGCAGGGGGUAGAGUUCUUGGAGCUCCUUCACCCACCAUUCCUGAUAUCCUGACUACAUGAUGACUUCCACACAUGUUCAGAACCAGUAAGGGUGGGAAAUAUCUGACACUGGAUUUUUUAUUUUGUGAAUUCUAGCGGCAAUUUGUUUUCAACAUAUUGUUAAUCUGCCACUGCCACCGGAGAGUGGUUGCUGUCAACUGCAGGUUUGUACACUAAUGUAAUUCAAGACCUUGUAGCUAUAACCAAUUGUGCGGUUUGUAUGUGUUAAUUUUAACUGUAAUUAUUCGGUUUUUAUGUAUUAAUUUCAACUGUAAUUAUUCGUCAA